UCUUCACUAUCAAAAAAGCUCUUUCUACACACCAUCAAAAUUAGAAAGAGGGAGGGCGACUUUGAAUGAGAUCAACCAUGAAAAUUCUCUCAACAAUGUUCAUCUUUGAUCGAUCUAUGGAAUUCUAGCAUUCCUUGGUCUUGAUAAUGCCGCAAAACUACCCUUCUUCACAUGCUCAAACAUGAGUUAUGUUGGAGUAAGAAUCGAAGUUCAAAGGAAGAGAUGUUCUGGUUUUGAAGCCUUGUUAUUGUUGUGUGGCAAUGGAGUUGAAUUCAUUAUUUGGGUUCUGGGUUUAAGAAAGGGAUGAAGAAUAUGAAGGAUUUAGAUGAGGAAGAUGAUUGUCACGUGCUCCCUUCAAUUAAUCUUUUAUUUUUUUUAUUUUUAAUUAAUCAAAUGCCACGCGGCAUCCAUCUCCUGGCCACCUGGGCUUUGAUCCAGUCAAAAUCAGAGGGGGUCUAUGAGUUGCAAAAGGGUGUGAAGUUAGGGGGUCGAAAAGUGAUUUUUUUUUAAUAGAGGGUCAAAAUUGCUAUGGAGUCAAACAUAGGAGGCCAAAGUUGCAUUUUAGCCAUUAUUUUUUACUAAGUCACAUGUUCUUACAGAAUUUCUACUAAAGAAAAUGUCACUUUUUGUGGUGUUCAUGUGAUUUAGUUCUUAUAGCAUUGGACCAAAAUAUUCUCAGUUUUUUUUCCAAAUUAUUAACAUACUAACAUUGUAGUUUUUGAUGAACUAGUUUUGCGCGGGAAAGAAAGAAUAUAAAACAGAAAAUGGAACCAUCCAAUGAAAAUACUCAAGAAACCCUCACUCCCUCUCAACAAGAACGAGAACAAGAACAAGAACAACCUCCCUCUUCCAAUUCUUUUGUCCCUCCAGUUAGUGACAUAGAUUCUACCAUAGAACGACUAAAGGACAACGAUUUUUCCGACGAAGAGAUUGCCGUAAUCUUUGCCUUAACUGCAGCAAAAUAUGUUCAACCUCCUUGUGGACUUCACAAACACAUUUAUAGAGAUGAAAAAACACAUGAACUCUUUUUCAAGAGCGAAUCUCAUAGGAAUGCCUCAAUUCGAAGAGAUAGGCACAUGCGAAUUAACAGAGAAAUUGCAAAGGAAUAUGCAGCGCCACACUGUUUCGGUGAACGAAGAGAAUGAUGAUAUGGAACAUGAAACUGAUGAUGGUUCUCCAACACCUUUCUCUAAAGCAAUUAAAGCUAUUCAAGAAAGAAUCGCCAAAAGCAUGAAAAAAGGGCUUGUUGAUGAAUCUCUUAUUUGGCAUUCAAAAUUCAAUGAAGAAGAUUUGGAAAAGAGAAGCUUUAGUGUUCCUUCAUUGCAAGAAUUGUGCCUUAACAUUCUUGCGAACCAUGCUGAUGCCAUUGCUUCGCUUGAUAGUGUUUCUGAAGAGCUAAAGCAAAGGCUUAGCACGUUGUUAUGUGAUCUGGGCAAAAUGAAUGGUCACUUUCUUGAACUACUUCUUAGUGGGUUUUCAAAUGUGAUUCGGCUUAAAGAUUGCUUCUGGUUGACAGAGGAAGAAUUUAUAAAAUAUUUUGGAACAUUGGACACUUCCAUAUUAGAGAUGCUGCAAGUAUGUACACAAACAUUUUCUAAAUCCCCAACACAGCAGCUGCGCCUUAAUCACUUUUUGCAAAGAUUCAACAUAGACAAAUGGAUGUCGCAGGAAACACUUUGAUGCACAACACGUUGAAGAUGCUUUUUAUUUCUUCGUCAUCAUCGUCUACCAUGUGUUUUAUUUGGUCAAUUACAAGUUAUAUCUUUUUUAUUUUUUAAACUAGUGUAAUUUCUUUGAUUAAAAACUCAAAAGGACAUUGGUUAUGUCAAUUCUAUCUGUUGUCAAGCCAAAAGAGAGGCAGACACGCGCUUUUGAUGGUAGACACUGUAUGGAAUGGUAUUGCUAUAAUUUUAUAGUAUUUGGGAUGUAGACUGUCAUAUUCUUUAUACAUCCAUCCAGCUCCUAGAUAAUCACGACACCUCCAAUGUUGAAAUAUCCAUGCCCAACACCGAGCUGGCAAACAACUACUAGCAUGUGCACGUUUCCUAGAGGUGACUAGAUCGUGCCAGCACUACUAGACGUACCUUCAUACUUGGCCUCAUAAACAUCGACCAAGGAAAGGUUAGAGUGGGUAGAAGUUGACGACUUCUAAGAUCAUGGGCCACAAUGGUAACCAUGAUAGAGAUCAACUUCCUGCCUAUUCCUCAUAUAUAGAUGUGAUAUGAAGCAAACCAUCAUCCAUUCCCUUUUAACCAUAUAGAUAGUUAUUCCAAGACAUUGAUCACGGUACAUCACCGACAAGGUACCCCUUAUAUAGCGAAGCAAGAACAGAAUGUCACUAUCUUUUCACUUGGAUCUCAUUGACAUCUUCCUUUCUUGAACAAUUAAGUAAAUAUACAAUAUAAUUUUGUUUUCAAAGGAUUUGAGAGCACCAUUACAUACAUCUCAUUACCGAGUAUAUGUCCGUGUGAUAUGCUUAACGUGUCUUUGGAUGGUGUUUCAGAGUGCUUAUUAUGUGUAAUCUUAAUCUUUCCUAAUUUCAAUUGACUAAUAAUGAUAUAACUUUUCCUUCGUUACAGUGAUGAAGCAAUUGCUGCAUUUUUUGAGAUAAAGGGCAAGUCUUUGAAAGAACUUUCACUUUGUAAUCUUAAGGUUGGCCAACAAACAACCUUGUCAUUUGCAAACAAGGCCAGAAAUUUGCAUACCUUAGAUCUAUCAUGGCGUCAAAAUUUAACAGACAAUGAGUUUGGUUUAAUUGUCGAUAGCUGCUUGUCACUGAGGUUCCUGAAACUUCUGGGAUGCUUACAGGUGACAAAUGUUUUUCUCAAAGGGCACUCAAACUCUGAGCUUCAGAUCAUUCGUUGAAGUUAUGUCCUUUAUUUUAGCAUAUCAAAGGGCCUAAUCCUCAUCAAGGUGUUUUGCGAUAUUGAUCAGUCUAGCAGUAGGUUUUGAAACAAAUUAGAACAAGAAACAGAAUCAAAUAUAUGGAUGAUGCUGAGAUUUAGUAAUAUGUUUGUUUUGGUAAUAAGAACAAGAACAUGAAAAUCACUUUAUACCUAUUUUCACAUUUUGUUUCGGUAAUUCAUUUGUUGAUCGGCGUAAUAGUUUUGUUGUAAGUGGAGAAGAUGCUAUUGUUAUUGUUCCUUUUUAGAGAUAUUCAAACCUAAAUUUACAGACUA